UGAUUUAAUCUAGAAAGUAACUUCUCUUCUCGAGUAAUUUUAGCAUUCUUUCGGGCGUUCUUUAGGGAACAGUGAAGGUGAGGACAAGACAAGGACUAGGACCCAAAUUCAACAUGGCGUCAGAUGUUGAUCCGAUAUUAGUAAAAGCACUUGAUCUCCUACACUCCAGACAUCCUAGUGCAUUGGAGCAACUUUGUUUUUUAAGAGAUCAGGCAUUGGGCAAGAAACCUGAAUUCGUGUCUGAGAAAAAGAAGGAAGAGGUUAAGAAAGAAGGGAUCCAAGUUGAGACAAUCACUAAAGUACCAUUGUUAUCAGCAAAUGAAGUCAUCACAAUAUCAAGUGAUUCGGAGGUUCAGGUUGUUGAAGAUGUCAGUGAUACAGCUUUGACCAUCAUAGAAGAUGAUAAAACAGAUGGCUUUACAGAGACUGUUGAGAUGGGUUCAUCCAUGAUGCAAAGUACAGAUAUUCCUGAUGACAAUGUCUUAGAGACAAUUGAAGAACUAGGCUUGGGCUAUGUUGAAGAAACUUUGGAGGAAUUGGGCUCAAGUAAUCUUUUCGCAAAAAGAAAAAGACAAAAACUAGAAAUUGGUACAGAUAAUUCCACAUUGGAUGGUUUUGAUGAAGCAUCUCAUGAUAGCUCACCUGAUCCAGAAAUGUCAGAAGACUUAAAUGUUACAAAAUGUAUCAUCUGCUCAAGUGGUAAAUCUGACAAAAUGGGAAAUCAGCUGGUUGAAUGUCAGGAAUGUCAUGGUCUUUAUCACCAGAAUUGCCACAACCCUAGAAUCACAGAUCAGAGUAUCAAUGAUCUAAGACAUGUGUGGUACUGUCGCAACUGCUCAAAGCAGAUGAAACAAGCUACACCUGUAACAAGUGUACCAAAACUAAAACCUAUCACUUCACAUGGUAUACAAGCAUCAACUAAAUCUCAAACACAAUCUUUCAAGACGCCGUUAAGAUCUGACACUAAGCCAAUGUUUUCGCCGACAAGUCCCUCAGUCAAUCAAUCAUUUGUGAUGCCAAAUCUUGCGUCAACGGUCACAGCAGCCAGUGGUAGCAACAAUGGCACAAUAAAGUCUCCUGGGAAUGCCAAUCCACGUGACGUAACACGUCAAUACAUGAAACGUUUACAGUUGGUGAAGAAAAAAGCGGCUGCAAAAAGUCAGCAAAGGUUUACCAAGCGUUAAAAGAUAUGUCAUAAGAAACACAAAGAUAUUUCUGAAGUCUGAAACACAAUUGUUGUUUUGAAUAACAAGUACAGAUUUAAGGUGCAAAAUCCUGACAUUAGCAGAUCGAUGUCCUUUUCCGCAAAGUCUCUCUUGUACCACUGAAAAAUUUUGGAUAACGUCACCUUCAAAAAAUAAGAGAAGAAUUUAUCAUGGUGCAACAUAGCUAUAUGACAAAAACCAAUACAUAAGUAAGUGUUGUGACCAAACAGCUUAACUAUCAGCCUUUGGUGUAUGUUUCAUGCACAAACAUAAUAUAAACAUUUUGCAUUUCACCUUUUUUGAAUGAAUGUCAACGUGGAUUUCUUGAGAGCAAAAGUUAUCAGUGGCAGCUUGAAGACCACGCUCGAGGUUUUUAGUUGAAUAGACAUUGAUUGCAGGACAUGACUGUUAAAUAAAGAUUGUUGAAGUUUUGGCGAACAGAACCACAGUAAUUGUGAAGGAACAAUCAUUGCAUAUUGUGAUUCAUUCACAUACCUUAGCACCACAGACUAAGGCAAAAUGUAUCCGAGGAUCAAAAUCGACUACAAUGUAUUGAAGACGAGGAUCACUUUCAUCAAACAAUGGAUUGGGACUUGAUGGAUGUGGUCUGUUGCCUCAAAUUAAACAAAUAUACCAUGGUUUUCAGUUUGAAAAACAUUGACCAAAACAUAGUAGCCUGUGGCACAUCUUUUUUGGAUGACUAUAUAGUCACUGUAGUGUUCACUUUAGUUCUAUCUACCUCGUAGAAUACCAUGUUCAAUAUCAUCAAGAGAAAAUACAUGUCCUCCAAUGUUGUA